AUCCUUCUACCGAAUCUGUUUUUAUAGUGCUCGAACAUGUAAAUGGUAUAGACCUUAGGACAUAUUUAGAAACAAAUUUCCUAAAACUUGACUGGGAUGUUAAAAUAAGGAUAGCAAAAGGCAUUGCAGAAGGCUUGAAUUAUAUCCACCAUGCGAAUGUUAUACAUUGUAAUCUA